CUCGCUCACUGUGGCAGUCGUACUGGUGCUCGUUAACUGACUGAAAGGAUUGAAACAUAUUUACAUACACCGGAUACGUACAAUCCUCAUCAUCUGAAAACCCUAACCCUCACCACCAAUGGCGAUCGCAUCGCCAUCGGCACCGAGUUUCUCAGCCUCCUUCUGCUGCUCUCGGACCGACUUCUUAACUCCCUCCCUCCGAUUUUCCUCAAUUCGGUUCCGAACUCGGCCAUCCGCUCACCCACUCACCCUCAGCUCUCGCCUCAACGCAUCCUCUUCCUCCUCCACACCUUCCAAUGGCUUCGAGUUCGACGGUGAUCUCCAAUAUGAGCUCCAGCACGGCGUGUCCUCGCCAUACCACCGCCGCCGGGGCUCGCCGGUUUUUGUCACGCUGCCGCUCGACGUCGUUAGCUCCUCCUCCGGGAAGAUGAAGAGGAGUAAAGCUAUGGCGCAGUCAUUUCGUGCCCUUGCUGCCGCCGGAGUGGAGGGGGUGGUCAUGGAAGUCUGGUGGGGGCUGGUGGAAAGAGAUUUCCCUACGGUUUACAACUGGCAAGGCUAUUUGGAAAUUGUGCUUUUGGCUAAACGUUUUGGUCUCAAGGUUAAAGCUGUUAUGGCAUUUCAUCAAUGUGGAACUGGGCCCGGCGACCCCUUCUGGAUUUCUCUUCCUCAAUGGGUGCUUGAAGAAAUGGAUAAAAAACCAGAUUUAGCUUAUUCCGACAGAUUUGGUCGAAGGAACAUGGAAUAUAUUUCGCUAGGAUGUGAUGUUCUUCCUAUUCUUUAUGGACGAUCACCAAUUCAAGCAUAUGCUGAUUUCAUGAGGAACUUCCGAGACACCUUCAGACCAUUCCUUGGCAGCAUCAUUACUGGAAUUCAAGUUGGAAUGGGUCCUGCUGGUGAACUAAGAUAUCCUUCGUGCCCAACUCAGAAGCUAACGUGGGCAUGGCGCUCUCGCGAGCUCGGUGAAUUCCAAUGCUAUGACAAGUAUAUGCUUGCAUCUCUAAAUGCGUGUGCCUGGGAAAGAGGAGUACGCGAGUGGGCAAAUGGGGGCCCUAUUGGUGCUGGUAAUUUGAUGCAUGAUCCAGAAAGUACAGAAUUUUUUAGAAGCAAUGGUUCAUGGAGCACACCAUAUGGGGAGUUCUUCCUUGAAUGGUACUCAGGGUUGCUAAUUCUGCAUGGGGAGAGGAUUUGCAGGGAAGCAGAGUCUAUUUUUCGUGGCAUUGAAGUCAACAUGUCAGGAAAAGUGGCAGGCAUCCAUUGGCACUAUGGCACUCGAUCCCAUCCAUCAGAGUUAACAGCCGGUUACUACAAUACUUCAAUUCGAGAUGGAUAUCUGCCUAUUGCUCGCGUAUUUGGUAGGUAUGGUUUUACUAUGUGUUGUACUUGCUUUGAAAUGCAAGAUGCAGAAGAGCAGCAAGUGAACCCAUUGAGCAGUCCUGAAGGAUUGCUUAAACAACUUCUACUUGUGGCAAGGGUUUGUGAUAUUCCCCUGGAGGGAGAAAAUUCAGCAUCUAAUUUGGAUGAUGAUUCAUUUCAGCAGGUGUUGAAGAUGUCAAAAUUCUAUUCAGAUGGUUUAGAAAGGCCAUCUUUUUCUUUCAACUUUAAUAGAAUGGACAAAAAUUUAUUUGAAUAUCAUAAUUGGGUUAGUUUUACUCGAUUUGUCAGACAUAUGUCAGGUUUCAACACUUUUCGGGCCAAGCUAGAUUUUGGUGGAGGUGAUUCGUGCCAUUCUUCAGCUGCUGCUGCUAGUACUGGAGCUGUUCUUGCAUAUUAAAAGUCUGCAUCCUUGUACACGUUCAGCAGUCAAUUAGAUAUUUGACCACCACCUACAGAUCUGUGUAUACCCAACAGCGGCUGCUAAUCUAUUGUUGUUAAUUGUGUAAUAUUGCUCUGAUUUUAUUUUUUAUCUUUUAUCUUUCUUAAACAAAAUUUUGUCAUUGGAGAGCGCCAACCAAAUAUUUUCAAAAGGUUGGCUUCAGUUACAGUAAAAAAAAGUAUGCUAGUAAUCGCCACUGUAAUUCUGUUUUUGCUUUAUCCACAUCCAUGAUGAUGAUAUCUGUUUUGCUUUUAAAAGCAUACAGCCCUUUUCUUUC